AUGGACAACCACAGUGAAAUGGCAACGGCAACUGCCGUGGAAGUUGCCCACGAGGGCGUUGUGGCGCCUCCACACGAGCAAGGUAUCGAGCAAACAGCCGAAGCAUUGAACCAAGAAUUAUCACAAGAUGCACAAGAUGUACAGGAAGAGCAAGGACAAGACUUGUCUACAGUGGUGGUUCCCAAUUCACUCCAUCUCUCUGGGGUGGACGACUUGAGUACCGAGCAGAUCAAAGAAUACAUAGAUUUGCACAUCAGGCCAGGCUAUAGUUUCACGAACCGAUCCAAGUAUGCGUAUUUAGAGUACAGGAUCAAUUGGAUCAACGACCAUGAGGUGAAUAUAGUGUUUGACCAUAACGAGAACACCGAGAGACGUAGGGGGAGAAUAAGUGAGAUUGAACGCAGACGAAACCAGAGAAAUACAAGGAGAGGCGACACUGGUGACAGAGGUGCCGAUUUGAUGGAUAUCAUCAACGGUGUGGAUUCAAAUGGGCAGGGUGAAUCAGACGAGCCUUCAAUUCCGCCACAUCUCCAGGAGAAAGAGACAGAAGCUGCCAUGGAUGUGGAAAUGGGCGCAUCUGCCAACGAAAUGUUUGCUGGAAUAAACAACGAAGAAAUCAGAGGUGCCUCUGAUGCCAUUCUGUUACUGACGGAUUAUACGAACAUUCGUAGAGAACAUCCUCAAUUUGCUGCAUUGACAAUGGAGGAACAAUUCACGACUGUCGAUGAGGCACCCAAGUUGCAAAAUAGAAAAUGCUGGAAUCUCGUAUUGGACAACAAUGGCAAGGUGAUCAAAACCGAAGAAGCCACUAAAUUAUACAAUUAUUUUGAGCUUAUUGCAUUACAGGACCUAGAAGAAGGCCAAGAGAUGAGCGAGGAGGCACGUUCUGCACAUGAGAUUGUUGAUUCGUCGACAGAUACCCAAUCGUUCCCAGAGGAGUAUCGGGUGAUUCAUUUGGAAGUCAGAUACAGCACUCCCCUAGACAAGAAGGUCAAAAAUUCCAGGCAAUACUCGAGGUACUAUUUGCUGCAUGGCGAGCCCGAUGAGAUACAUCGUCAGCCGGAAGCACGGGAGGAUUUCAGUGGCCGAAACCGGAGAGUCCACGAGCCGGACUUGAUUACUGGAGAGAAGCCCGAGACGCAAGGUUUAUUGGGGUACAGUGGAGACAGACGGGAGGAAGAUGUGAGAGAUAUCAGAGAGGACUUUGAAGAUUACGACAGUGAGUAUACUGACAAAUGGAACAGCAAUCUCUACUACCAACAGCACUCUAACUACAAAGACCAGUACAGAGAUAGUUACGGGCCUGAGGACAGAGACAGGGCAAGGCAUAGAGGUAGAGGUAGAGGUAGAGGGAGAGGAAGAGGAAGAGGUGGAGAUGGGUACAGAGAUGGGUAUAUGGCUGCUGGAAGAGGAAGAGGAAGAGGAAGAGGUAGAGACAGAUACGGUGGUGUUCAAAAGUCGACGCACGCGUCAAGAAACAACCACCGUAAUAUGAACGGGAACAUGGAGGACUUGUUCCCGGACUUUGUACCGAAACACCAGUAG